UGGGGGGGCUCCACUGUCCGGAUCUGCUGUGUCCCCUCCUGCCCUCUGCCUGAGGUAAGUGCUGAGACCCCAGACCCAUCCCUGGGGCCACCCCUCUGCUGCUCCCAUCCCAGAGCUGCUGUCCCCUCUCCUCCAGCUCGGUGGGCACAUCCCUGGUGACAGCGAGGGACCCCGAGGGACCCCCUGAGGAGAUGCUGAGGUCACAUCAGGAGCUGGUGCAGGUGUUGAUGAAGCCCAUCCCUGGGGUCCCGGGAAUCACAUGGGGAGGGAGCUGCAGCACCCAUUGCCCAGCUGAAAUUUCCCAGCAAAGGUUCAGGAAGGAGAUGGCAGAGCUGCCGGGUGCCCCAUGGUCCCACCAGCACCUCCGUCUGCUGGCCCACGAGCUGGAGAUGUCUCCUCUGGAGUGGGAAUUCCAGGUGUCUCCGGGAAGUUUCCUCUUGGUGUGAUGGAGAGAAGCAGCCCCAGCCUCGGAAAAGCCCCCCCAGGAGCAGCAGAACCAUCCCUGGAUGGUCUGAGAAGACAAGCUGCUGUGGCCAUCAGCCAGGAGCUGAGCAGACUCGCCUGCCACAGCACCGGACCCAGCACCUGGAUCCACCAGGUCCGCAGGAGAAGCUCCCUGCUCAGCUCCAGGCUGGAGGAGAAGCCCUUCAGUGAGAUGGAAAUGUCCUACAUCAAGCAAGGGGAGGAAGCCCUCCAGAAAUCUCUCAGCAUCCUCGAGGACCGGGAGGGCUGGAAGACAGAGACAGUGGUGAAUAACGGGGACAAAGUGCUGAGCAAGGUGCUCCCAGAUGUGGGGAAGGUGUUCCGGCUGGAGGUGGUGGUGGACCAGCCCCUGGACAGGGUGUAUGGGGAGCUGGUGGACAAGAUGGAGCAAAUGGGAGACUGGAAUCCCAGCGUCAAAGAGGUCAAGAUCCUCCAGAAGAUUGGAAAGGACACAGUGAUCACCCACGAGAAAGCUGCUGCUACCCCUGGGAACAUCGUUGGACCCCGGGACUUUGUGAGCGUCCGCUGCUCCAAGAGACGUGGAUCCACCUGUGUCCUGGCUGGCAUGGCCACGAAAUAUGGAGCAAUGCCUGAGCAGGAAGGGUUUAUAAGAGCUGAGAAUGGUCCCACCUGCAUGGUCCUGCGCCCUCUGGCCGGCAGCCCCGCUCAGACCAAGCUCACCUGGCUGCUCAGCAUCGACCUGAAGGGCUGGCUGCCAAAGAGCAUCAUCAACCAGGUCCUCUCCCAGACACAAGUUGACUUCGCCAACCACCUGCGGGAGCGCCUGGCAGGGCCGGUGGCUCGGAGCUGCUGACAGCACAGACACUGGGGUCACCAAUGCUCCCUGCAGGGGAUCUUGUCCUGGGGUGAGUCAGGCACAGCCAGGACCUUCUCCUAGUCAGCACCACUAAUUAACGUCGCUCUGUUCCUUGGAAUUAAUUAGUUAGGGGCCAGCACGUGCUCGUUGUGCGGAUGCAGGAUGGAAGAGUUUGAGGUUAAGUCCCACGUUGGCCACACUGAGCACAUGCAGUGACCUCACUAACAGACUCCAGAUUAUUUAUUAAUUAAUGUUUUUAACUUUUAUUCAUUUGAACUAAUUAGUUGAGACGCUGCAGGGGUCCAUACAUGUUUAUUGUAUGGAUGCAGGACUUAAAAAACUGAGGUUAAAUCCUACACUGGCUGCACUGAGUCUGUGCAGAGCCAGCCCAGCACCUGCAACCCAAUUAGUUCAAAUGAAUAAGCUUAAUUAACUAGUAGAGUGUACUAGUAAAGGCCUUGGCUUAAUCAGAUACCUAGUUAGGUAUCAGAAGUCCUGAACACUGGACUCAGAAAACCAACGUGUGCUCAGUGUGGCCAAUGGAGAACUUAACCUCUAAUUUUAACCUCCAAUUUUAACCUUUAAUUUUAUUCCCUUCCUUCCCCUGAAAUGGCAAACGUAGAACUGCACCUCCAGGUUUAUUCCCCUCUCCCUGCCAGUGGAGCAGCUCUAAUUUAUUUUUCCUCUACAGACCCCCAGUGUCAGGUUAUUUAUUCACUUUGCAACGCUGGUCACUGAGGUGCUUGGAGUUUAAAUCUGACCAGGACAACUUCAAAGCAUUUAUUUUAAACCUUGU